AUGCCUGCUUUUCGAUCACCGCUACUGUUUCUUCGGCGCUUAUUGAAUUGCCACACUUUGGGAGCACAUUUAUGCGAAAUUCCUGUGUCUUCAAAUGUAAUAAAAGACCGUUUUUACCCGACUAGAGCAGUUCCAAAUGCCAAUGUCAAUAAUUUGGAUCUCUUAAUUACUAACCUUGCUCAAGAAAAUUGUGCUGAAGUUACUGAAGUCAGUAAGGUUACUAGUGUGGAAUAUCUCAAAAAAAUUUGUUCAAGACUGAAGCAACCAAUAAGUACAGACAUUUCUGUGAAGAUCUUGUCACGUUUUGCUGAAUUAGCCAAUGAAGUCGGUGAUAUUCAAUUAAUAAUCGACUAUAUCAAAACAGGGUUAUUAGUAGAACUCGAAAAAACGUUGAAAACUGAACAGCUAAAUAUAAAUUCGACAGUUGAAGCAAUGUCUGCUGUUAUCUCUCUCAAACUUUUUGAAGAUCCUAUUUUUGAUACGUUAAUCGCUUCUUUACAAAGACAUUUUUCGACAGAUCUCUUUUCUGCUUCAGUUUCGCCAAUCAUUCGUUUAGCUCUCUUACUUAGUAAAAAUAAGGUUCAGCUACCUGAUGAUUUAUCACAGAAGAUGAGAGAAUGGUUGCAGUUGAAGGCAAGUGAAAUUAUUGAACCAAAAGAUAUCGUUUCGGUAAUAAUUUGUUGGAACAAAAACGAUCGAUGGUUCAAUAUGUUUGUAGAAAGAGCAAAGGGCAGUAUAUCUUUGAUGUCUCUGAGUGAGCUGGUUGACUUAAUAGCAAGCUUGGCGAACAAUUCAAGUCGACCGCCACACAUCCUACGCCUGAUCUGCAGUGCACUUGAACAAAAUAAGGGAAACUUGAUGGUCAAUCCGCUCAUCACACUGGCCAAAUCAGCAGCUAAGUUGCAGUUAAUGGAUGGAAGAAUAAGACGAAUCAUAGCUGAUCAAGUUGUCUCCAACAUGGAAUCUGUCAGCAAAUGGUCACAAAUCAAUGCAAUUGUGGAUCCAAUGGCAAAACUGCGGAUUGGUCAUAUUCAAGCAUGGAGUACUGUUGCUACUUGGAUGAAAAAUAAUCUAGGAAGCGCUACUACUGCGGAAUUGUCAUAUGCUGUUCAUUGGUGUGCUAUUGCUGGGAAAGGUGAUUUAAUUCAAGAUGCUGCGAGGCAUCUGUGUAAAAUGUUGAUUUCUACUUCAAUUACUAACUCAUCAAAAGCACUGCUUAGCUCUGUUUACGCUCUAGCAAUAUGCGAUCAGCUGUCACCACAAUUAUCACAAAUUAUAUUACAGCCAUCAUUUGUUACCAACAUUUUAGAAGGGCUGACUGGAUUUCGAAAAUUGAUGGUAAUCACAACUAUUGCACAGAUACAGCUGUAUGUUAAAAAAUUUUUGAGUACAAGUUGUGAAAGAACUUUUGUGAAUAUUUCCGAUCUCAUGCAGCUUUCAUCUAUAGCUGUGAAUGACAUGGCUCUGAAAUUGCGAUAUGGAAAGAGUGAAGAAGCAAAUGUUGCAUAUUUCCAUUCCUUAUUACAUAAAUUAGUUCCGGUAAAUUCGCAUACACUACCUCCCAAUCUUACUGAAGAUGGAAUUUUUAUUAAUGCAUUGGUAAAACUUGAUAUUGAAGAAAAUCGCUUCGUUCCUCUUAACCAUUUCAGUAAUUCCAAAGUCCCUCAUUUGGCAGUAAUUUAUCUUUCUUGGAAGGAUCGCGUUUCACCGUGUAAUGAUUUCGACAAAGCUGCUCUCGUAGGACCUAUAUUGCUGAAUAGCCGCUUGCUGAAAGCCAAAGGAUUUGUUCCUGUGUUCUUUUCGCAAGAUGAUUUCGAUUCUAGUGCACCUUUGAAGAAGCAGUUUGCUGUUAUAAAGGCAAAACUUGAAGAAGCAGCGAAUGUAAAUCAAUGA